UUAUAUGAAAGUUUUGUUUUCAAAGAACGGAACAGGUGUGGUCAGUCUCAACCAAUAUUGUCUGUGCGUUUAUCCUGUCAUAAGAGCUCUAAUUACCACAUUUGCUUUACAAGGCAAGCAUUUUGAUGGAUGAAAUGAAGUCGUAUUCAAUGCUUGAACUUUUAUAGACAUUGGUGCGGUAGACGACACGAAACUGUGUACGGUGUACCUCAUUCUAAAGUGUCAAUUAUGAACUAUGUAAAGCUUAAGCUGUUCAUCUAAGAUUAGAAGUUAAAUCUAAUUUUCUGUGGUUUGAAUAUCAUUUGCAAUCUACGUAUUUGCUGCUGUAUUUCCUUAUGUUAUUUUUUAUCAUUAUCUCCAGCGAAACGAGCGUAAACAGCGCUUGGCCUGGAAAUAAAAAAAUCCAGGAAAUUUAAUUUUUUCCCAGCAAAACGUUUCAUGCCGAAGGAGCCGACGUUUGCCGAAGUAAUUACGGCGAAGCAGCUGUUGUCAAACUUCUUAGUCAUAAAACUUUGGCAUUUAUGUAUAACUCGUGUGUUUCUUUUCGGAGUGGUUAGCAACAGCAGGCAGUUGUUGAUAGUUGUUAGGCACCUUGAAUACGCCAUUAAGUGUGAAAAAAAGCAAUUUAUCUGGAUUUGUCUGUCGCUGGAACAGUUUUGGAAUUGUAUAAUUAACUGUGUUGUAGAGAGUACAAAUGGACUAUGUUAUGCAUGAAAAGUAGAAGACAGAAGCGCAUUCACUAGAUGGCAAUUUUAGAGUUGUAGCCAUUAAUAAUAUCAUCUGCAUUGCACGAUGGGAACAAACAGUAAGCUUCCAAAGAUUCGUGGACAUGUUGUGUUUGUUGGAAGUAAGAGUAGUGGUAAGAGCAGUUUAUAUCAAUGUAUGAAGUCUCCCAACCCCCAUAUUACCGAAGACUCCAACUGCUCAGUAUUGGUGGAACAUUGGACACCAUUUAGCAAUGACAGUCCAGUAUCGGAUGAAUGUCGCAAGUAUUUUGCUGACAUGGAUGAUAAUCUGGAUGAGAGUGUGGUUGUUUGGGAUAUCUGUGGAUUAGAGUCUCUAUGGACUGUUCAACAACUAUGUUUUCCUCCAAAAGCAUUAUUCAUCAUUGUCUUCAGUGUUCGUAAACUGCAUGAUGCCAAAAAUGUCCCUCAAUGGGUUCAAAUGAUUCAAGCUAAGUCCGUCGGUGCAAACAUUUUAAUUGCUGCAAGUAACUGUGAAGUGUUUGAAGGCUCAUUUCAAAAUAUCUUUGAUGACAUAAAGGAGUUAGAGACCAGACAAUUGCGUGAUAUCAAUGCAGAAUUAGACGAAUUGAGAACACUGCCAGGUAAUUCAUGGGUCUCCUCGCGCAUUGAAAAGUUGGAAAGAAUAGCAAAAAACCGUCCGAAAAUUUCACCCACUAUCCACGUGACUAGCGCUGUCUCAGGAAAGGGUGUUCCUGAGCUACGUCGUGCGAUUCUUUCUCAUGUUUUCAACUGUCCACCUGUCAACAAGCAGCUGAGCGAACAAGACAUGAAACUUUUUCGAAAACUACGGCAUGACGGAAAGAGGAUAGCACUUACAACUCAGAAAUAUCACGGAAUUUUGUCUGAACUCGGUGUCCAUGACAACGAGGAAGUAAUGACGCAGCGGUUUACAGAAAAGGUCCUGUUGUCUCGCGUUAAGAUUGCUGGCUUAUUUGAACAACCUGACGACGCAAUCAUGAUCGUUGACCCUAGCGGUUUUGCGAACGCAUGCGCAAUGAUCCACCGUGACGAGAGCCCGCAAGAUUUUGUACAGAAAAUUCAAAGGUCGCCGUUAGUGGAGAGAUUUUGGCCAACGUCGACGAGACCGAACGACUGGACCCUAAGAGCUGCAAUUGAGGACAUUGUAAAUCGAGGAAUGAUUCGAGAAUCGUUUUUUCCCUUGUGUUGGCAGACUUAUGACAUCGAUGAAGGCACUGUAAAGCAGCUUAUUUCUGCCAUGUUGAAGCUUGGUGUUAUUAUCGAGGGAGCUCCUAAGGCUGGCUACGAAAUUGAACUUGCAUUGUCCUAUUUCAAAAAUCUGUCCGUCACGAAACGUUAUUAUUUACCUCUGUUGUCAAAGCUUCCUGUCGAAUUACCGGGUGAACUCUGGCCCAGUCCUACUCCUUCAUUAACAGUUUCUGUAAAUUGGUGCUUCGAGUUCCAGGAAGGUUUCUGUGAGAAAAUUCUCUUAUGUAUCUUGGCUGCGUCCAAAAACGCUCAACCUUCGCUUUCCGUUCUUUCUUUUUGGCGAACUGGUCUUAUUGUCAAACGUGGCGUCGUCGAUGUACUCCUGAGUAUCAAGUCACGUGCAUAUCACAUGACUGCUCGUUGUGCUGUUACGUGUGGUAACAGGCCAGCAUUGAAUAUGGCGUGGAGUACGUUGGCGAAGUUUAUAAACAUUGCCGAACGUUAUCUCUCUAACUUUCCUGGUUUAUAUUAUCGUUUUGGCUGUCAUAAAACAUUAAAUGAGAAUGUUAAAAGUCUUCAUCGUGUUCUAUGUGACCAUGCGGACAAUACAGAAGACUCCUCUCAAUAUUUAUGGCUUAUUCCCUCUAUCGGUCCUUUUUCAAAUGACUGUAAAACUGCAUUGUUACCAUCGAAUUUGCAAGAGUGGAUGCAAAAUUUAUUAGACCAAUCUACUGUAUGUCUUUGUUAUUGUGAGAGCAAUACAGAGGAAGCAGAAGCACUGGGAUCUAGUCUUGAGAGUGCUGGUCUUAUCACAUAUCUCCGGUCGUCAAAGAUUUCUUCCACUGACUGUAAAAAUCUCCUGGAGCGGUGUUCUUUAGUUGUCAUGUUGAUCACAAAAAUAUUUCUCGAAGACUUGAAUUUCCAAAAAUAUAUCCACGUGUUCGAGGACCUUAAAAAACACAUAGUUGGAGUUAAACUUGAGAAAGAUUUAAUUUCUCCUUUCAACAACACAGUGGACGUGCAGUCCGAUCGUGGAAAGGAUAAUUUGUUUGUGUUUGAUCAAAAACAGUUAGAAACAUUAUUCACAGUGUGUAGACGCCAUAUAUUUGGUACUGGAGAUAUUGAAUCGCCAGACACAACAGAUCACGUGGUACCGGAGACUUCAGAUUUAUUUACCAACUCUCCUACGCAGACAAAGGAACCUGUGAGAGAGACAAGCCAAGGGAAAUACGUUAAAUUUCAGACUGAUCACUUGAGUGAAGACUCGGAUGACAGCAAUCAUAUUCGGCCUUAUGCUGCUUGUACUGUAGCUGCUGCAAUGGUUGGUGCUGCUGUCGAACAUUUGAAUCAAACCAGGAAAUCAAGUUCUGCGGGCAUGCGGGCUGCAAAUGCCACUGCGAAGGUGGCGCGGGCGGUAGCUCAUGGUGAUGCUGACGCGGCUACGAAUGCAAUGAGUGAUGUGGUAAAAAUUGUUGAUAAGGUUUCGAACAAUUUGAAAAAUAUGAAUGAAGAUACACCUCGUCGUAACAAAAGCAAAACAUGUGCUAUCAUUUAGGCACAAAUUAUUUUCUGAUUACAUUGGAAUUACCAUUUGAAUGACUUAACUGUUUCUUCUAAUGAAUGUGUUACCAAAUUGUGUCUAUUUAGCACCCCUUAAGUAGCUAAUUCUUUUCAGACCUUUCAAGAGGGGACGUUUUAACGAUUAGGGACUUAUUAUUUAGCACUGCCUAAAGUUUUACACAGUUCCAUGAAAAUGCCUUACUUUCAAUAAUCGUAUUGCGUAUUAGGGAGCGCAAAAUUGAAAACCAACUGUUUAAAAAGAAAUUUUAUAGUGAAGCAUAUUUCAGUAGUUUCUUUAGUAUACACAGCGGGAAGGGGGUGAUAAAGAGGGGGAUUAUAGUUUCCUAUACUCCAAGCGGGAGGAGAUCUAUAGAACUUCGCUUUUUUAAAAAAAAUCAUCACUAUGACGUAACAUUGGAUAGUAAGCUUGUAUAGUACAGACUUACACGGUUUUUGCCUUCCAGUACAUACAUUCAUCUACACCUGUUUUCAUUAAAGGCAUUAAACUGGCAUACUAUGAAUGAAACAAUUUGACCACGUUGAGAAUUUUUGUAUCUUACUAUAUGCAAUACGAUGUUAUAGUGAUAUUGUUUGCAGAAUGAAAAAAAUUUUUUAAAACAUCCUUAGAAAAAAGAGGCAAAUCCAUCCGAUUCAAUUGAAGAAGUCAUUAAGUCAUUUUAAAUGUUCUUUGUAAUGUAAUCAGAAACAUGCGAUGAGAUUUCAUUUCGUAAAAACGCAGCCAGCCCGCUUGUAAUAUAUAUCGUACCGAUAUGCAAAUUCUAUUUCAUUAUUGGAUUCUGAAGAAUGCUGAUGUCCUGAAAUUUACAUAGAAUAGUAACAACUUUAUAUAAAGCUUAAAUACAACUUGCUAGUUGGCUACUGUAAACUAGAAAUAAAAUAAAAUGAAUUAUGUUUUGACUACGGCUGUGCCACUCCACAGUAAUUCUCUUGUUCAUUCUUAUGCUGUAAGUUUUUGAGUAAAAUGAUAAAAUAGUCCAAAUUGAA